GAGUAACAAUCAGAUCAAAAAUGAAGGCUCGGUAUACAGACGUCGUGCAACACCCAAGCCAGGAGCUUAUGGUGUUUAGCUACGGACAAGGUUAUUAUGUAGUUAAAACCAGCACUGGCGAGAUCAUUAAGCAAGUUCAACCUAGCGAAGAGAACAAGACUUCUGGACUUGAACACUUUCGCACGACCACAUUCAGUAAGGAUGGAAAGUAUCUAGCUACUACAGGAGACGAUAAAGAGAUCAGGGUUUGGGAUACCACGAACUGGGAACAACAAAGUGCGCGACCAGUUUUAAAGCGCAUCAAUGCCAUGCAAUUUACAAAGGACGGCAGUCAAAUUGUGGAAGCAGACAAGUUUGGAGAUGUUUAUGUCUUUCCAACUGAGGUCAGUGAGACAACAGCCGCCGAAAAACAGGAAGAGAUGAAAAAGAACAAGCCGAUAGUUGGACAUGUUUCUAUGUUGACCGAUAUGACUCUCUCUGAUGACGAGAAAUACAUUAUCACAGCUGAUCGUGACGAGCACGUCCGAGUCAGUAGAUUUCCCAAUGGGUAUAAUAUUGAGUCCUAUUGUAUGGGCCAUACAGAUGUCAUCACCAAUAUCCAACUUCUUCCUUGGGCACCAAACAUCCUGGCCACUGUUGGAGGAGAUUGUACGUUCAGAAUCUGGGAUUUUGUGGUUGGCAAAGAGUUGCACUCUCUUCAAUAUAAAUCGUAUGUGGAGAAGUAUGUUCCCGAAGGUGUGGAUGCCAACUCAAUGGAUCCUAUAGUCAUGAAAAUGGAAUUGAACAUGAAAGACAAUAUCGCAGUAUUGUCAUUUGCAAAGGCGCCCAUUUUACUUGUACUUAAAUGGGAUGCGAGCAAAUCUAGUUUCGAAUUUAGCAGCAUCGUGGAAACUUCAGCGCCUGUGCUGAGCUUUGGCUUUGACAUUGAAGGUAACAUUUGGACUGCUCUGGACGACGAGACCAGAGUCGCUGUAUACUUGCGAAAGGAUGGAUCGGUAAGUAGAGCUUUGUGUUACUGCUGAUGUAAUCGAAGAAUUGAUAUCUAAAGGUUUACUCUCUUAUAUCACUUGUAGUUUGUACCUGCUGAUU